UACGAACUCCCCGACUCCCUAACCUCCUCGAUUCCCUCGUUCUCGCCCCCUUUGGACAGCGUUUUUUUCAGGGUUGGAAGACGUUUCGCUGACAUCUUUUUCCUCCGUCGAGAGAUCUAAUUCAACGAAAUAUUGUGACGUUGUAAAGGAAGGCAUUGUCUUAGUGGGAGAUAAGGGAGGUCGGCGUUGAGGGAUCGGAUCUUCCUCCGUCGCUCGGCCGAAGGGAAUCCGAACCUCCUCCGCGCACCAGCUGUUCGGAAACAAGCGAGCAUCGCCGCCACACAGAUCCAGUCACGUAUAGGUUGACAGAACAUCAAGAGAAUCGUAAUGAAAAAAUGUCCGUGCAAAGUGAUGCGUUAUUUGUAGAGGAAGAUGGAUCCAUAGAGCUCGGGGACAGCGUGGAGGGCUUGUGCUUCCACCAGGCGCUCAACGUGUUCCUGGUGACCACGAGAGACGGGCGAGUAAGGGUGUACGACCCCCACUCCUCGCUCAAGCUAUCCGACGUUCAGCUGCAGGGGAAGAACCUGGUGUGCGUGUACCAUGGAGAGAGCAACAGCGUGGUGGUGUGCGGAGGGCGGACGGUGGGGAUGCGCAGAGACCACCAUGGGGUGCUGCUGCUCGACACCGUCCUCCAGGCUCCGGUCGCCGCGCCAGAGGAGACGGUCACAGUUGAAAUGCUCUUGUCUGAGGGCAUUCAGCUGCAACAGACACUUGGGGCAGGGGACCUGAGUAACAUCGACCAUGCGGCAGAGGUGCGAGAGGUCCUGUCCAUGGGCAUAGCUGCUCACCAUGCACAGAGUCGUAUUAAUCCCAAACUAGCAAAGUGGAGCACGUUACGUCUAGAGUUGCCUCUAGGUGUGUUACGUAGUGUAUGUUUGGGUCUGAUCAGCGAACUCAAGCGGCUGACGAGAUAUAUACCAGCGUUGUCAACCGCCUCUGCCUUAAAUCACCGGCUGGCACACCUCUUGCCGCCACCAACACCCGACACUGGGCAGGGGCCUCCGGGCUCGGGGCCCCCGGACAGGGAUGCCAUGUUCAGCGAGGCUUCCAGAUUAGCCACGUUUAUAAAGUGGCCUCACAUGAACUAUAAAUGGGCUUUGCCAGAGCAGAUGGCACAGGCUGGCUUUUAUCAUCAACCCAUUGCUACAGAUGAUGACCGUGCUAUGUGCUUCAUCUGUAGUGUUUGCCUCGUAUAUUGGGAGCCAACUGAUGAACCAUGGUCAGAACAUGAGCGCCAUUCACCUAACUGCCCGUUCGUGAAGGGGGAAUACACGCACAACGUCCCUCUGUCUGUAACUUAUGCCACCAGCCCGGCCUUAACCCACAGCGAGCGAGCAGAGGAGGUGGCUUUCAUUAGCAACACCAAUAGCCAUCAGUUCAUUGCCUCGGCUACCAGACACGGCAGUAUUGUGGUCUGGAACACAGCAAAGGAACUAAAGAAAGAAGUCAGUUUUUCCAUUGAUCCAUCAGAUUCGACAAUAUUAGAUAAACAUUUUUCGGACACAAUUGGGUACACGGACGUGCCCCUCCAGCCCCCGGCGCCUCGAGAAGCCUGGCCUUGGGGAGAGGAGGAGCAGAACGGGACAGCCAAUAUUGAAAAUGAUCCCCCCUCCCACCCUGGGUCCCACCCUGAGACGGACGCGCAGGGCUCACUUGCUGUGGAGAACGAUGAUACUGCUAAUCUCCAAUCUCCUCUGUCACCCUCUCCACCCUCACAGGCCCCUCCCGCUCCCCCUGCCCCACCACCCCCACCUGCACCCCCUUCUUCUCAGGUGGUAGAUUUGCCCCUUGAUGAUAUAGCUGUUGAUGAACUCUUUGCUCCUCCGCGGCCAUCGCAUGAUGUUAGAGUGUCCUCCCUGUGUGUCCUGGCAGACCCUAAUGAAGUGUCUCAGAGAUACAAGGGUGCUGCGGUCAAUCUGUCGUCAUCUGUAAGAUCUUGCCUUGUGGUUGGUGUGGGCCUCAGACGCUAUGAGUUAUUUGGCACCUCCAGUGGCGACCGGCAGGAGACAUGUGAUGUGGGCCUAGUGCAAGUGCUGAAUAAUGUGAAUCAGGCGAGCCAAAGGAAGGCAGAGACUUUGGACAUUAUGAAGUUAGACUCCUCUCGAAGAGGGUCUGUAACGGAAGAGGAAAAUGACAAUGACUGUAUUGCUGUGGAAUCUGAGUCUGCCUCUUUGAGUGAUCCUGCAGUUGUGUCUACCUCUGUGUCUGCCGGCCAGCAGAACUUUGUGCCGUAUCUAUUAGUGUACGACCUCAACGUCAUGGUGCCGCAGACAGCCACCAGUAAUAAAGUGGCAGUGAAACCUGUCAUUCAGGGCCCUUACAAAAAGUCAACUGUGAAAGUUGGAACAUUUGGGCAGUCCAAUAUCUCGUACUCGAAAAGCAAACAGCUAUGGUCAGAUCCCUUAGCAAACGAUAUUGAAAUGUUCUUUGCCCCACCAAAUAUGUUUGUGAAAAACAAGGGCACCUCCCAAGUGAGCUCGACCUCCACGUCUAAGUCAAAAGCCAAAGAUAGUCAGGUACCAUCUGAGCCCGAAUCAAAGAAUGACCUGAAAAAGGAACCCAAAUGCAUCCAGUGUAUUCCCCUACCCCAUAAGUUAAACAGUGUAAAGUUGCGCCUUACAGUGGACCACAUUGUGCCAACCACAUGCGGGGAGCACAUCAUUGUGACCCUAAGCAGAAGUGACAACUCAGGCACCAGUGCCAGCUCAGGGAGCAUGACUGCUUCUGACAGCAAUGACGGGGCGGUAGGGGGACCGCGGGAAGUGUUUGGGGCUGUGAUCAUCUACAAGGUCUGCCGGGGUGGUGAUGUGGUCACCCUGCAGGAGGAGCCCAUCAACACCAAGCUCCUGACCUCGUUGGAGACGGUGCCCAAGAAAUUGCUGGUUCUUCCUCCCGAGUACGGUGACAACGAAAGCAGCCUGUCGGGCAUGGCUGCGUGCAUCACUGUUGAUGGCUCCCUGAGACUGCUGUCCCUCUCCAACCUCGAGUUCCUCCACCACCUUGCGCCGCCUCCUGGCCAGGCAUACAACAAUGCUGUGUAUUGCAAUAGUUUAGAAAGACUUUGUGUCAGCUGCGAUGAUGGCAGAGUAAACCUAGUACAACUUCGGAGAGGGACGGAGCUGGGUAAGGAAACCGACAGCACCUCCUCGGCCUCAGCACUGGCCAGCUCCACACCUUCAAACAACACCCCGGCUCUCACACGGGAACCUGAACUCAUGCCUGGUGAGCUCCUUGUGAAUCAGGGAAUAACUGAGGAAAUCCUGGAUAAGUGUGUGGAGCUUAUUCAAUUCCAGACAGGGUGUCCAAGAUUUGUGGCAACUGUACCUCCUUGUUGGUCUGAGAUCAUCCAAGCUCAGAAGCAGAGACGAAACCCCCAGCACCUGCAACAGCAUGCGGAAGACAUGGACACAACCCGUACUUGGCGACUGGAAUCAGACAGUUCAACUUGGGACGAGCAUUUGUUUGAGCUGCUUCUGCCGGCCGGGGCAGGCGGCACAGGUGGUGUUCAGGUGGGACACAUUGAUCUCAAACUGAACUUUAUCCCUGGACCACCUAACCCACUCCCAGUUCUUCAGGUGACCUUACUGCGGCAGAAUCUGACUACUCCACGACGUCAGAACACCCAGCAGGGCAGUACCUCCUCGAAUGCCACCAGCAGUGGCUCCCCCUCGCAGACUCAGGCCUCCUCAUCAUCCAAUAUUCCUGAUGAUGUCUUAGAAGAUUACCCAGAAAACCCGGUAUUGACGAAGGAGUUCCAGUUCACCCACAAUGCUGAAAUCCUCUGUGGUCCUGUGACAGUCAACCGAUGCAUGGACCUCUCUGGCCAGGGAGCCAAUGUCACCCUCACCUCACCCAGUCUGCUGGCUUGCCGCACCAGGACAUACCUUGUGCACAUCAAAGCUUUACCGCCAAAACUGCAGCAGCAACAGCAGCAACAGCAACAGGACCUGCAGAAGAACAGUGACCUAGACCUUGUGACUCAAUACAUGCCUCCACAAUCAUCUACCUUCUUGGACCGCCUUGCUGCCUCCUCAAAUAAGCGUGUUGAAUUAGUUCGUGGCUGUGAUAUUAUCCAAGAGCUUUCCAUUACUGUUAGAUGCUGUGCAAAGACAACCAUUCUACAUGACAGGUUGCAGAGACUAUCAAUUGUGGAAAAUGAAGCUUUCCACAAAAACCUGAUCGAGGCUGUUAUCUCCGACAAUUCUUCUGACCACGUUCGUCACCGAGCGCUUGACCUUCUGCUGUGGAUCACGUCAAUACACACAGCAGCAAUCGAUGACCGUACCGUAAGUGUUGGAAUUAUAACACUGCUGCAGCUGCAUCUGUCAGGAUUAGUGCGCUCCUGUGUCCUGCUUGCUGACCGUAGCAUUGCACACAAAACUGCCAAGAUCAUAGUGACUGCUUUGGAGGGUUCGCGGGUUGUGGAGGGAGGUUCAGUAUUUGGCUGGGCAGUACUGGAGGCCCUCCUGGAAUGGCUAGACCACAUCCUCCAGUGCCAGAGUGCCGGGGCUCUCCACUGGUUCUUCACACUGCUGAAUCACGUCAAGUGGUGCAACCCAUGGGGCACAGCCAGGAAGGUUACUCAGCUGUUGUCCACUGUAUCGGAGGCUGUCAGCGGGAAGGUGGAUCCAUUACACGCAGUAUUACAAACAAAAUUUAAUCUCUACGGGACACCUUUUGAGAGGGAACUCUUUGAUAUCGAGCCUCCACUACUCGCUAAGCAGACAAUCAAUGGUAACAAUGUUGGCCAUUCAGGCUCUAGCCACAGCACAAGUAAUAACAAUAACAACAACAACAACAAUAUCAGCUUUGGAAGCUCUAGCCUUCAAGGGGGUCCAGGAGGAGGUGUGCAGAGCUCCUCGUACACAACCUGUAAAAAUCACGGCCCAGGAACCACAGGCGGCUACCCAUACUCUGUCAUGGGGCGAGAUGAUAGUGACAUUGGAGGUCUCCUUGGCAGAGGUGGAGCCCAGGGCAGUGCAUCCCUCGGGCUAACACACACCAGUGCUCUCUGUGGCCUUCUGGAGGUUGAGCCAUUGCACUUCACACUUCACAUGGCCAGUGAUGGCACCAAGAUGGAAAGGGCCUCAUCAGGUACAGGUCACCCUGGCAGUCCCUUUAUGAUGCAACCGUUCACAAUCCCAGGGGGCCUAGACACCAAUGCCCUCUCCCAGGUUGAGGCCUCCACCAGCAGCGGCACAGCCAAGGCAGUCGAUGUGUCUGUCACCAUGCUCCACAAGGCAGUUGAAGACAUGGCCGUAAAGAAUCAGGCUCUUGAGCUUCGACUAGCUAAGAAGGCCACUAAAACUUAUCUAGAGAAGCUGCAGACUCUCAGUGACCAGUUAGCUUCAAUGAAACACUGCCUUCAAAAGGCCAAGCAGCGCACACAGACACUGGCCAAGGUGGUGGCAGCAGAGAACUCGGGCUCACAGGCAGUAGAUCCUUUGCUUCCACUGGAUGUCGAAGGCAAGGCCAGCGACGCCAAGGAGGAGGCCAGUACCAUCUCGUCACGCAGCUCGGACACCACCCCUGACCACGAUGGAGUGAGUUCGUGCCUGCUCCCUGAGUGUGAUGAUGUCAUGGACUCGACUGCAGUGCAGUACAUUGGCAACGGGCAUGUGGGCUCAGAUGUAUCUGGCAAGAUUGACUUCGGGUUGACCUCGCUGGAGAAAGAUGAAGACGACUCCAAGCCAUCCAGCCAGCAGGGAUCCAACACCAAGAGGAAGAGUGAGGAAGACGUCAGCUCCCUGGAAAGCAAGUCUUCCACACCCUCUGCGGCCCACCCACAGGCCAAGGAGAGUACAAACCCUGGGAAGAAGAUUCCAUCCGCUGUCCAGGGGUCACUUGGAGCCCCCUGGCAGCAGCUGCUCUCACUCCCACCCCAGCAGAUGCUGGUCAUCGAGAGGAUGCACUCGGGGGCAAGGAGAUUCGUGGUCCUUGACUUUGGAGCUCCGGUUUUGCUCACAGAUGUGGUGAUACCAGCUUGUGGUGAUUUAGUGUCCCUCAGCAUCGAUAUUUGGAUGACAGGAGAGGAGAUGGAUGGUGAGAGGUUGGUUGUGGCCUCUGACAUCGGCAUGAGACCUCUCAUUCUUGCAGAUUUACAACCACCCCCUCUCUGCAGGUAUCUGAAGGUAACAACACUGGGAAGAUAUGGCAUGAACACCUCCUCACAGUGCAGAAUACCCGUUGGUGCUUUUUAUGGGCACACACUCAUUCUCCCCUGGCAGCUGCAAGGGAGUCUCCCGCCUCCUGGCAUUGUCAACAAAUUGUCAGCCCAGACUCAGCUGACGGUCCUGAGUAGUGUUGUAGAGGACAUUGGAUGCCGCUACAGUCUGGCCUGCAGCAAGCUCAGGUCUUUACUGAACCCUCUCCUCAUGAGCCCUACCGCACCAACAGGCCCCAAUUCAUCCUCGGGCCUCUCAGAGCCUCCCUCCAUAGGGUCGCGUGAUGCCGAUUUGGAGAGGAAAAUCACACAGGCUUAUCAGGAAUGUAUGCUAGAGCAACAGCACCUCAACUUGGUCGUGUCCGUGAUGCGUCGUCUCCAGAGGGUGGGAGGCAGUGGAGAGGGCAUCACCGGACAAUUUUCUCCUACUUCCUCUGCUUCUCGAGACAGUAAACAACAGUUUGUGACAGCUGCAAACUGUGCAUCUGACAAAUUAGCCACUCUCAUGCAGUAUCUGCUCAAUUGUCUUUUGACACUGUCUCUCCCAAUACCUAGUAUGUCGGUUCCACACAAUCUUAUGGAAUGGUGUGGACCAGAGCAGGCAAGAGUGCUUGUGGAGCAGGUGUGCGUGCGAGGGCCAAAGGGAGCGCAGGUGGGGGUGGCCUCGCUCCUGGCCCGCCUGUGCGCUGGUCAGCCCUGGUGGGGAGACUUCUUGGCCAGCACCAUGAUCACUCUCUUCUCAUCCAGCAACACCCUGCACUUCCCAGCCACAAGAGUUUUCGCCCUGCUCACCUUCCUUGGCCAGAAGAGCGUGGGGAGUGGGCGUGGAAGCCAGGUUAUUGACGCGGUCCUGCGGGUCCUGUCAGCCCAGCUCCACAGCAGUGGGAGCCAGGUACAGUAUGGUGCUGUCCCUGUAUCAGCGGCAGGGCUGGACAACAUCUGGCAGCCGUGGCAGGUUGCAUCAUCACAGGUGGACACGCAUCUUAUCUCCUGGCUCCUGCUCUACCUCUCGCUCUGCCUGGAUGCUCUCACACCCACACGCAAGAGCGACAGUGACAAAGGCAAAGAGAAUGGAUAUCAUUUUGUUGCAGGUGGCCGCUGGACCUGGUUGACAGCUGAGACCUGCCUGCAGCGGAGGGGUUCGGAAGCCAGAUGCAGUGCCCCUAGGGCCUCUCGUGACCGUCUUCGCAAGCGCCUUGUCUACCAUCAAAAGCAGCAGCUGGUGAAUCUGGAGACAGCUACCAAGUCCUUGGGGGAGGUCACAGCUGGGCAAGUUCUAGCAGGACUAAGUGGCGAAAUUUACCAGAAGCUGGACACCAUCCGGAGAUCCAUUGUUAGAAGAUACUCUCGCACGACCUCUGCCUCGUCAAGCGGAGGAGGAGGGGCGCGCAAGGACGACGGGGAGCCGCCACAGGAUGCCUUCAUGCCCCUGGACCGAGCCAAUGCCCUCUCAGUGGCGCACGGACUCAUUAAGCUGCUCAUGAACUCCAGCUCACCCUGUUGCGUGGACUCCUUCCUCCUGACUUGCAAGGUGAUUGGAGGCCUAGUGAGUGUGACAAGGCCAAGUCCAGCCUUGACGGAAAUUGUGAGCCGUACGCAGUUGGGAGCUCUGUUGCGUCACGCCCUCACACUUGACACCACCUGGGGAGCUCCUUGGGCCCUUCAUGCACUUACUUGUUUACUGCAGGAUAUUCUUGAAGGUGAGCGCUUAUAUGGCAGUGUAGUCAUGAACACAGAGCAACACAGGGAAGAAGUCGAGAACUUUGACAUAGCGAUGGAUGGUGCAAGGGCAGCAGCGGCAGCAGCAGCGGCGGCGGCUGCAGCAGCAGCAGCAGCAGCAGCAGCAGCAGCGGCAGCUGCAGCUGCAGUCCCUUCGACAUCAGGAACUACCUCAGCUGCUGCUGUUGUAGCUGGGCCAUCAGGAGCUGCUGCAGGCCAGUCAGGAUCCUCAGGUCCCUCUGGGCCCACAGGCAAUGGAGUGGCACCGACUGUGAAUGGAUCAGCUGCUGGGGAAGGUGGCACUGGAUCCCCCCAGAGCAGUGCAUCCCCAUUAGGGGGUGCAUGCGUGGUCACCCAGAACUGCCAGGCGGACCAGUCAGCCACGCCCCUCAGCCCCCCUGUGGUGGGCAUGGCCACAGCGCACUACACCCUGGAGGAAGAGGACAUACCUGGAAAAUAUUCCUUCCUUGACUUAGAAGACAGCUCUGAGAGUGAAGACAUGAUUGGGGAGUACCUAGCAGACAUGCCGGCUUUUGUUGGAGGGGCCUCGAACAACAGCAUUACCUCAUUUGAACUCGCUGUGUCAAAUCUUCCCCCACCCUACCCACCUCCACUGCCCACUCAAUCGUCAUCCCGCAGUGGCAAGGACUCCCGCAUCGGGGACUUGGUGGCGGGACCCUUGGCCAGCUCACACCCUGGGAUGGACCACUCCACAGCGGUUGAUGCCAGGCUGGAGGCAGGAGUGUCACUCUUGUCUGAGCUUAGGCUGCAUAUGAUGGCUGCUGUCCACACAUCCAGGCUCAGUCUAGCUGUCACUGCGCCACUCAAGGUGAACAACGGCAUGUGGGGUGACACUGAGGUCUGUGGCCCAGGUGACCUGACAGGCAGCGUGGAACUCCUUACCGACGUGUUCCAGAAGAUUCUUCUACACCUGUCUAUGCAGUUCGAUGGCAGCCACGUAGAAUCAGUGCUUGGGUUGUGGCUCAGCAUCAACUUGGAGCUUGCAGGGGGCAAGUAUUCUCCCUCUGUUGCCCCCACAGUGCACCUGACACCAAGGGCCAUCUCAGCACUCUUGGCCGCAGUGGUUAGAAGUGGAAGUGUCAGCAUGCGGUGCUGGUGUCUUGUACUCCAGACACUCACUCUCUGCUGCAACUAUACACCCCAGGAACCCCCAGCGCCACACCCUACCAGCGCUGAUCAGUAUGACCAUGUAGACUUGACUGGAAUGUCAAUGAAUAUUGUGACAGAUACAAACUUCGUCCCAGCACUACAGAAACUUUUGACCGGAUCAUGUGCUACUGGUUCAGAUAUGCGAAGUGAUGUGGUUGGGAGUACAGUUACAGGACUUCUAGAAGACCUCCUUGUCCGGCUUCGUGUGAGAUGUGACGUCAUCAGCGUGACCAGUGGGCCCGGCACAACCCUGAAGCAUGCCCUGCUAAGUCUUGUAGCUCGUCUCUUGGAGCCCCAGGGGGCCAUCUCACUCGCCAUGGGACCCCUUGAUGCCCAGUGCUGUCUCCUGGGCACGCUGCUGUCCAUGCAUUACGAUGGCUUGGACAGAAUGCAUGUCCCUCUUACCAUCAUCAGUUCAACAGUGAUUCUGGUACAUGGCCACUUGGUCUCAAGCGAAGGGAUGACCUAUGGGGCAAACAACCAGAAUGCCACCAUGUUAGGGGGACUCUUCGCCUCCGUUCUUGGAUCCGAUGGACGACAGGGGCCAGCGCCUUCCCGUCUGGCCCUCCUGUGCUCGCUCCUCAACCUGUCUCGUAAACUAGCACAAACACCACUUGUCAAUCCGGCUCAGGUUCGUGUGGGAGUGGCAAACUACGAGGCCCAGGAGAGCUCUGGGGGUUCCUUGACUGACUCGAGUAAAUUAGAGCAGCAACGCACAGAUGCCAGUUCGAGCCAGACCGAUGAACACAAAGCCAUGCAUACCCCCCAGACUUGCUCACAUGCCGCCCCAAACAGUGUGCCAUGCUUGGCAGAUACAGUAUUACAAAAUGGAGAGACGAUGCAACUGCUUCUGAAGUCGGUGGCAGCUUGUGAAGGCAGCAGUGUGUCCAUGCUCUUGGGCACAGUCAGCGGAGAGGUCUCAGAGAAGCUGUGCUUAGGGGAGACCUUGACUGAUGCCCUCUACCAGCUCCUGCUCACACUCAAUGCCAAGGCCACAGCGCCAGACCUCAUUCUGAGACCUGUUGUGGAAUUCAUCACCCCAGGUGGGUGGUGGAGUCCCCCCUCACUGUCUGAACCAGCUCUCUGUUUCUUCACAAGAGUGCUGGACUGUCCAGCAAUUCUUGAGAAAUUUGCUGCUCUCGGGGGCAUGAAGAUGCUGUGGGAAAACCUAGUGAGCAGUGUAGGGAUGAUGGGAGGAGGAAGAGGUGGCUUGGUGACGGCAGUCAUGAACCACCUUGCUCCUCCUCUCCCACCUUCAACACACAACACACCCUCGAACAAACGCAACGAGACAGUUGAGCAGAACCAGGGCCUGUACAACUUUGCCCCACUGGCUGUGGUAACAUCAAGUAACCCAACUGCAAGACCUGCCAAUGUCCUUGUGGACUCCAAUCAGCUGUUCCAGAGGACUAAGAGUGCACCCUGGUCGUACCACUUCUAUCCUGACGAGAGUUGGGUGGAUUUGAACCUGACAUUACCCUGUGCCGUACUGCUGCAUGAGGUCCAUCUGCUACCUCACACAGUGUCCCUUGUCUCAUGUCCAUCAGCAGUAUCAGUGGAGGUAGGUGUUGAGGGUGGAUACCUGAUGCCAGUGAGUGGCCCGCUGAGCACCGCUGGUCUCUCUCGUGUCCGCCUCGUCCUCCCUCGGCCUGUAGUUGCCUCAAUUGUCGUUGUGCGCCUCCAUCGUCCACGAGACUCCUCCACCCUGGGACUGUCUCAGCUCAAACUUCUUGGAACCACAACCUUCAGGGAAGCAUCCAGAGGGGUCCACGAAACGGCCAUCAGUGAUCACACACCCCACCGUGCGAGCAUGUGGUGGCUUCGCCUGAUCCACCAGUGCAUGUGCCGUGUGGAGGGAGGCCUGAGUGUCGGGGUGGAGGCAGGAGCAUCUGUGACAGGGGUGAUGGAGGCGUGUGUGACACUUCUCCUGACUCCACCAGGGCCACUCCACCUUGCCCCUCUAGGCUCAGCACCACUGGAGGCCACCACGCUGGCUCUCGCAGCACUCUCGCCCCAGCUGCUCCACACCCUGAUCAUGACGCUCCUCACACACCCUCUCUUACGCCAGCCAGCAGGUGGUAACAGCUUGGACGCAGCUAUAGCUCUCCUGUAUGAACUCUGUGUCGGAAACAGCAGUAUGGAGGGUGUAACAGUCUUAAUAUCAUGGCUGAACCACAUAGUAUUGCACCCUGCAACCCCCUCGCCAGCAACUGACGACUACCACAGUCUGGGCACCUCCCAGCAGCAGCAACAGCAACAGCGGUCCCCACAAGAACUAUGCGUGAAUGGCGGUGUUAGUGCUGAGGUGUUGCAUUGCAUUGCUGCGGUGCUGUGGAAUACACCACAUGACACCACAAGCCUCAUAACAGAUGAAUUAUUCAGGCGUGUUUAUGAGUGGUCGGAGAGAGUUGAAGGCGAAGUGAAGAUAGGGCUGGAUCACAUCAUGUGCUCCAUGUGCCAUGUGCGGCCACAGCUCUUCACCCAGCUGCUGCUCAACAUGGCAGUACUGACUGUGAUUGACAAUAACCAGUCAAUAACUGAUGACAGAAAAGACAGAGAAGCAGAGAUCCGGGCUGCCAGAACAGAUGACAUGAAGGAAGGGGUGGAGGGCUCCUCGGGGGCAGUAGAAGGUCGUCUCAUCCUCCAGGACCCCAGUGUCAUCUCCCUCACACCAGCACACCUGCAGACCCUGGCCACAGUUGCUCAGUCUCCGCAGGCAAUACACCUGAUGUUGGACUCUGGAUUCCCGUUGUUGCUUGUUCAUGGUAUUUUGGAAUGGUGCAAGACAGAAGUGCUGCACCAGGUAGAGAGCUGCACAUCCUCAAGUGCUGGGGAAAGUGCAACUGACCUGGAGAAAGCAAGUGUAGCAGAGAAAUCGCGCAAUGCAGAAGACACCCUUUCCUCUGCCACCCCUCAGGCCCCCCCACAAAUCAGGGCUGCUAUUGUCCCUACACUGAGCACAUCCUUGGUGGCACACACACUGCACACCUUGGCUGCAUUGUGCGCUGAACCUCCAAUGAAGGACUGGCUCGGAUCUGCUGAGGGAUCUGUGUUCUGGUUACCACUGUUGACUGUUCUUGGUGACCCACUGGUACGAGGCAGUGAGCCAUUGAUGCGAGGUUCUGGUCCCUCUGGUGGAAGCGACAGUGACUACAGCAGUGUGGAAGAUGCAACCAUCCAUCUAAUGAGGCAGUGUUGCCACAACCACCCUCACAACCAAAACCUUUUGGCGUCAACGCUGUGCCAUCUUAUCCAGCGGCAGAACAUCCCCCCUCCAGGUGGAGUGAGCUACUUGCACUCCCUCUCUGGGUUCACACGACGCCUAGUCCUUCAACUCCUCUUGGAAACAGAACGCGUGGUGGUACACAUCAACAGCCCCCAGGGAGGCCUCUCUUCGCCCACAGGGUGCAGCCUCCCCCUCCUCACGCAGCACCCCAAAUUUGGAGCGGGACACAAGACCAGGCUCCUCAACCUCCCCACCACCACCACCAUGUCAGAUAUUGUCAAGAUGGUCACAGACUGGUCAAGGGGCGUGCUGAGCAACUCAGGUGACCUGGAGUUGGGCAGCAGCGGAGACAGAAGGGACGCUAACGAGGUGGGUCACCUGGAGCUGGUGGACAAGCUGUCAGUUGCAGCCGGAGUCACAGCCAAGGACAAGAGGGAGAAAAACAAAGUCAAUUCGAGUAUUCACAGCAGGAUGUCCAAGAGAGCCACUGAGCAGGACAGCCAGACCAGCAAGCCAGUGACAGCAACGUCGAGUGCCUCAUCUUACGUCUUAGUGCACGAGAGCCUGGGCAGUUCCUCAGGCCUGCCCUCCACACUCACAGUGGCUCAGGUCAUGGCUGCUCUGCGUCAUGAGGGCCACCCACCUUCCUCGCACAUCACUCUUACUUUAACCAACAGAAGGGACCAUGCCAGAGAAGGUGAAAGUGGACGAGAGGCCCUUCUGCUCUGUACAGAACCGCUGCCAUCUACCCUGCAUGUGUUCACGAGUCAGGGCGGCCUCUCGCUCCUGGCCCAGCACAUGUCGCUUCUCUACCCAGAUACAGGACAGCAGCAGCCCAACAACACUGCAUCAGUGCGAAGUGGCAACGGCGACAAGGGCGAGAUUGUAGUGGAGAACGACUGGGUCAGUGUGGAGAUGAAUGACUAUGAGUCUGCAAAUGUGUUUGAUUACCUGGUGAUGGGAGGAGGGAGUGGGGGCUCCCCAGGACCCAUGGGAGGGGGCACAGUCAGCUUGUUGACCCUGCCCUCCAUCCCACCCCACGCGCUCGGGGCCUUCACCCUUUUCCUGCGCCUCCCUGGCUAUGCAGAGACUCUCCUCAAGGACACCCACAAGGCUUGCUGCCUGCUCAGACUCGCCUUGGGGGUUACAGAUGAUGGGGAUGGAGGAGACAUUGUAGGUUCGGGAGUAGGUGGUUCCCUGGCAACAAUGCCCUUCCAGGUGCUGGAGUCGUUGCUCGAGGCCACGCCACUCACAACAGACGAUGGGCUCCUGCUGAGACGUAUGUGCCUGGAGUCGGGAGCUCUGCAUCUGAUUCUUGCCUGCCUUGCUGCGCUGUCUCACCAGGACACUCCCGAAGUUGUCUCUUCCCUCUAUCACCAGAAUGUUCCAAUUGGUUUGGUGGUGGCAACAACAAGAGCCACGUGCGUUGACUCCCGUGAGACCAUCGGCAUGCACCGUGGAGAGGGAGACCGAUGCCAUUACUGGGCCAAGGGCACAGGCUUUGGCACAGGCAGCACCACACAGAGCUGGGACGUGGAACAGGCUCUUGUGAGGCAGAAAGUGGAGGAAGAACAUGUUGUUUGGCUUGUGCGACUGCUAGCGCAGUACAUCAAUCCAGGUGACAUCUUGCCUCCUGAGCUGCAGCAACACUCCAAUGGUGGGACAGCAGGUGGCAGUGCAGCUGAAAGUCAGAAUGACAGCACCCCUCUCCUACCCCCUCUGUCGCCCCCAUCUCAUGCCCCUCCACCCUUGCCACCUGCCCUCCUACACCUCUUCCAGAAUUCAGGCCUGAUCACCACCAUAGCCUCCAACCUCAGCAAUGACUCGGUACUGGACAUGUCCCGGCACGUCCCUCUUUAUCGAGCUUUACUGGCUCUUGUGAGAGGCCUCUCUGUCACCCCAGGCCUGGCACCCCUGCUACUGACACCCCAGAAUUCAGCUCCAACUAAUGGAGGAAGCGGAGACACCACCACUCUACCAUGUGUGCCCGCGUUGUUGGAGAAGAUGAAGACCACUGUCAACACCUACAUGGACAAGCUGCGGUGGAAGUCCUCCAAGGCUGGCGGCAACAGCAAUGGCAAUGGGGGCAACGGCAACAACAAUGGUGGGAACAACAACAAUUCCAGCAGUCUAACAGAUGACGCUGAGCAGGAAGAAGGCUUGUCGCUCAUCGUGCCAGACAUUCAGAACACAGCCGUGGUGGUCAAGGUUUGCACUGAUCGGCUACAGCAAGAGUUAGACAGAGAAGAUCAGCCAGACGGUGGGGCAGCAGCACAGCCAGUAUCGUCACAGUCAUUGAUGGAAGUCUAUUUGGCCGGCCUCAAACCCUUGCAGUUUGACACCUAUGAGAUGUUAGUGGAAGACUCCGAGAGAGGAAUAAGAUUUGUUGUGCCCCACCACUACGAAGGAUCAGUGAGAGGUGCAGGCGACUUGUGUACUUCUCGCAGAAUGAAGAGACUCGCACAGGAAGCUGUCACGCUAUCAACAUCGCUGCCUUUGUCAUAUUCAUCAUCAGUCUUUGUCAGGACAGACCUGGACAGAUUAGAUAUUAUGAAGGUACUCAUUACUGGGCCAGAGGACACUCCCUAUGCCAAUGGCUGUUUCGAGUUUGACGUUUAUUUCCCAGUUGAUUACCCAACGUCACCACUGCACAUCAAUCUCCAGACCACAGGAGAAGGACGUGUGCGAUUUAACCCCAACCUGUAUCAGGAUGGGAAGGUGUGCCUGAGCAUCCUCAAUACCUGGCAUGGCCGCCCAGAGGAGAAGUGGAACCCCCAGACCUCAUCGCUCUUGCAGGUGUUGGUCUCCAUCCAGUCACUCAUCUUCGUGAGUGAGCCGUACUUCAAUGAGCCAGGAUAUGAGAGGUCAAGAGGCACACCGGCUGCAAUGCAAAAUUCAAGGGAAUAUGAUGCAAACAUCCGUGCGGCAACAGUCAGAUGGGCCAUGCUGAACCAGCUGCGCAACCCAUCACCCUGCUUCAAGGAGGUAAUUGAACGUCACUUCUGGCUCAAGCACAAAGAAAUCCUGGAACAAAUUGAGGCUUGGAUUGCCGACAUGGAAACUCUGAGCGAAAACCGAAGAGCAGGAAAAAACAUAGCACACAAUACUGUGGGCUUGAAGAAAAAUUUCCAGCUGCUGAAGGAGGAGUUUCGGAAGAUGAGUCCUCCACCAGGACUUGAGGGUGUCCCACUGACUCCCAGUCUCAUUAAUUCCUGCAGCAGGUCCCCAGCACAGCAGCCGAGAGAUGCCAAUACGCCGGAGAAGGAGAGAGAAGGCGCACAAGGAGAAUCGGAGAAAGAGAUGAGAGGGGCAUCAGGAGGGCAGGCUGGUGGACCUGUGCGCACACGGAUAAGAAAAACCUCAAGAGCCAACUUGUUCAUGGGCAAACCACAGAGUGAUACCAGUAAGCAUGGUGGUCACAGUUCGGGCAUCCCUGUGAGCAAAGUUGGCAGCAGCAGUUCCAGCAGUAGCAGUAGCAGCAGCACGGCUGUCAGUAGCACAACAGUGAAGUCCCUCCAGUACGGGGCCUCGGAUCAGGAGGUAGCAGAGGGUGGCCUUGCGCUGCUGUCAUUAGGGGAACAGCAGCCUGUUUCCUUAAUGCCAGAGCUAGUCCAGGCCACCAAAACCACCACAUGCCAGAGUGCAGACAGCAGCAAGAUAGACGGCGAGUUGGAUGAGGUGGAAGAUGAAGUCUGCAACCAUGUGAAUCAUUCUAGUUCCUCAGUCAAAAAAGAGUCACCUAGUUCACAUAAUACGUCAGCGGGAAUGCCCUGCUAGCAUCACGCACUUUUGUGUUUUUUUCCUUUCGAGCCCAAGACCAAUCUUGCCUGAACUAUUCUGGUGCACACAUUAUUUUGAUCCAAAGUUAAGCUACUUUGUGAUACCAAGACUCAGAAAAUGUAAGAAUCAAUAUAAUGUGAUUUCUACCCUUUUGUUUCCCCAGAGCUCCAGUGACAAGUUUUCAGUACAUUCCAAUGGUUGGUUUGGUCACUUGUCAGCUACAAAGUGGAGCUAGUUUGUGUAGGCCUCUCAUGGUGAAACUGUCAUGAACAGGACAUGUGGGAAGAAAACCCUUCAUGAUAACUCUGUGAUUGAAUUAUUUAUAGUCAUAAAACUCAGUGAAUGGAUGACGUGUUGCAGUUUAUUGAGUUCUGAUACUGUCACAAGUACUUCCACGUACUGCGCAUUUAGGAUCUGACCACAGUACGACCUGCUUGCAAGCACUGCAAAACUUACGGUAUUUUGUUGUGACUGACUGAACUGGAUACACAAUUAUUUAGCAAUUGUCUGCAUGACUUGUGUUUGCUAGUCAAUGUGUGAGUUGUGUUCAGUGUGACUAAUUGUAUCUUUUCAGUUUCAUACUGUAAUUCACUAACACAUAAGAAACAUGUGGAUAUGAGCUGUACAAAUUAUUUCUUAUUGCCUAAUUGUGAUGUGCAUAGUGUAUGAGAAUGGCGGCAAGUAUGAUUUUUACGAUCAGUGUGCGCUCACUGCUGUUUAGUCUAAGACAGCGAGUUGCGGUUUAUAGAAAUCACAAACGGUGAAAACAUGCCUUCUGAGUGUGACUUGUAGAAUGUGAUUGUUUGAUUUGUUUAUAUAAUUUCUUGUCUAGCUCUCAGGUACUGGAUAUUCAUCAUGCCUUCAUUGAAGUGGUCAUCAAGGGAAACAUUGCAUGGAAGCUGCAAGGGAUGACCAGCUCUGCAUAUCGUGAUCCACGGGGAGACUUUGUAAAUUAAAGGAAAGAAAAUCAUAUUCACUUGGUAUAGCUUAUCAUAGUUUUGUAAAUAUAUCUAAAUGUCAACAAUAAGUUAGCAAAGUAAAAAAAAAGAAGAGUACAUUCUUGUACUUUCUUGUUUUUUUUUUCUUUUUGAUUUUUUUUUCUUUUGUUUUUGGAUGAAAAUUAUUCCUAUUUGAUGUCAUUAUUAUGGCAGAAAUGCCUUUGCAAAGGGUUGAUUGUAAAUUAAAGCAAAUUGUUAAAUAAUUGACAUCAGAUGAUUAAUUAAAUCACUAAAUACUG